UGCUCUCCCACCUCAAGCGGUCACCCAACCCUUCGAUAGCCCGCUUUUCUCUCCUCAACUUCGAUGUUACACUUUUAAUAUCUUUGCGACUUCUUGUCCACAUUCGUUAAGUGAUUGCGAGAAGUGUACCGGUGCUGAACGAGUGGUAUCGCGUUCGAGAGCGCGCGAGCUCUACUCAUCUACAGCCUUCCUCGUACCACAGUCAAAUACCGCUGCAAAUAUGGCCAAAUCAGCAAAGUCAGGAAAUUCGACGCCUGCGAAGGUCUCGCAGAGCGCCGAACGCCCAACAAUUGUCAAAAAGCCCGAGGACUACACCUCGGAAGGUGUCGAAGAUCAUGAUGUCUUCCUCCUCCCAGGAUCCGACUACCAGGCUAUGAUUGCCGUCACAGUCCUGGCAACAAUUGUCAGGCUGUUCAGGAUAUACCAACCUAGUAGUGUAGUCUUCGAUGAGGUCCAUUUCGGCGGGUUCGCAACGAAAUACAUUAAGGGGAAAUUUUUUAUGGAUGUCCAUCCCCCUCUUGCGAAACUACUCAUCACACUUGCCGGAUGGCUAGCUGGAUUCGAUGGAGAAUUUGACUUCAAGGAUAUUGGAAAAGACUACCUCGAGCCCGGAGUUCCAUACGUGGCCAUGAGAAUGCUGCCAGCUAUCUGUGGUAUCCUUCUGGUUCCUACUAUGUUUCUGACGCUUAAAGCUGCGGGAUGCAGAACAAUGACUGCCGUUAUGGGUUCCUGCUUGAUUGUCUUCGAAAACGGUCUCCUUACCCAGGCUCGAUUGAUUCUCCUCGAUUCCCCUCUCAUGAUCAUGACAGCCUUCACUGGACUGGCAUUCACAUCGUUCACAAAUCAGCAUGAGCAGGGUCCUUCGAAAGCGUUCCAGCCAACUUGGUGGUUCUGGCUUGCCAUGACAGGUCUUGGACUUGGUGCGACUGCCAGUAUCAAAUGGGUUGGACUUUUCACAAUUGCCUGGGUCGGAUCCUUGACUAUCUUGCAGCUAUGGGUUUUGCUUGGAGACGUCAAGACAGUGACUCCUCGCCUGUUUACCAAGCAUCUGGUUGCUAGAAUCUUUUGCCUUAUUGUCAUUCCUGUUUCAUUCUACAUGGCCAUGUUUGGAAUUCACUUCCUCUGCCUCGUCAACCCGGGAGACGGCGAUGGAUUCAUGAGUUCGGAAUUCCAGGCGACUCUCAACUCGAAGGCUAUGCAGGAUGUUCCAGUGGAUGUGGCAUUCGGAAGUCGAGUCAGCAUAAGACAUCACAAUACUCAAGGAGGAUAUCUGCAUUCGCACAACCUCAUGUACCCAACUGGCAGCAAACAGCAACAGAUCACUCUCUACCCCCAUAAGGAUGAGAACAACCUUUGGCUCCUCGAGAAUAUGACCCAACCUCUUGAUAUCAAUGGAGAGCCUAUCAAUGGCUCGCUUGCUUGGGACGCCCUUCCCUCACCCGAGUUCAUCAAAGAUGGUGACACCGUCAAGCUUUACCACAUGACCACCCAUCGCAGACUUCACUCUCACGAUGUUCGUCCUCCGGUCACAGAGGCAGAUUGGCAAAGCGAAGUAUCGGCGUAUGGUUAUGAAGGUUUCGAGGGAGAUGCCAAUGAUUAUUUCCGAGUCGAAAUCAUCAAGAAGUCGUCUGACGGCGAGGAAGCGAAGAAACGCCUCCGAACUAUUGAGACCAAGUUCAAGCUCGUACAUGUAAUGACUGGCUGUGUUCUGUUCUCGCACAAGGUUAAGUUACCUGAGUGGGCAUCCGAGCAACAAGAAGUUACCUGCGCAAAGGGAGGCACUCUUCCCAACAGCAUCUGGUAUGUUGAACAGAAUGAGCAUCCACAACUUGGUGAGACCGCCGAGAAAGUCAACUACAAGAACCCUGGCUUCUUUGGAAAAUUCUGGGAGCUGCAAAAGGUCAUGUGGCACACCAAUGCUGGUCUUGUUGAGUCUCACGCUUGGGAUUCUCGACCACCCUCUUGGCCUAUCCUCAGACGCGGUAUCAACUUCUGGGGUAAAGACAAUCGCCAAAUUUACCUCAUUGGAAACCCAAUUGUUUGGUGGACCUCCACCUUGGCCGUUGCUAUCUUCGUUGUCUUCAAGGGCAUCGCAGUUCUCCGCUGGCAACGAGGAUUCAAGGACUACAAUAACACCAUCUUCAAGCGUUUCGAUUACGAAAUUGGUACUAUGGUCUUGGCAUGGGCGUUCCAUUACUUCCCAUUCUACUUGAUGCAACGUCAACUAUUCCUGCAUCACUACUUCCCAGCUCUCUACUUCGCAGUCAUGGCCCUGUGCCAAGUAUACGACUAUGUCACCGCUCGUGUUCCUGGUAUUGGUCUCCGUGAAAAUCCUCUCUUCGGCCGUCUUGGAGCUAUUAUCUUUUUGGCACUCACCAUAGUGGCAUUUGCCAUUUACUCUCCUCUGGCCUACGGCAAUCCAUGGACUCAAGCUGCUUGCAAGCAAGCCAAACUGUUCGAGACAUGGGACUGGGAUUGCAAUACUUUCCUUACCGAAUACUCUCAAUACUCCACUCAGUCUAUCAACGCAAAUGCCGAUGUUCACAAGACAGAUUCACCUUUGAUUCCAACCAACGCUCCUGUGGCUCCAGCUGGUGACCAAGCUGCACAGCAACCUCUCAUGGAAGAUCGCGCAGGCAUAUCCGAAGCCCCCCCCCCAGCAGUGUCUGCUCCUCCUGUCGCUUUACCAGCUGGGCAGAGCAUCCUCUCUCGAGAAGAGAAGGUUGAGUACAGAGACCAAGACGGUAAUCUCUUGGAUCCGGAACAAGUCAAAGCCCUCGAAGGAAAAGUCAGCUUCAAAACCCGCUAUGAAACCAGAACUCGCCUGGUCGAUGCCCAUGGCAACGAAAUUCCUCAACCAGACGGAGCAGGUGUCGCUCCACCUCAUCCCGAUGUCGAGGGUGUUGAUUCUUCGACCGUCGGUAAACCAGAGCCGGAAUCUCAAGAUGCACCAGUCGCCCAAAAGGAGGUUCGCGCUGAUGAGAGCAAGGAGGAGAGUAUCGCAAAGUCGGAUAAGGGUGCCGCAAAGCCUGCGAGUGAAGGCAACGACGCAACUGCCGCAUAAGAUGGUAAAUUUCCUUGUGUUUGGUGAAGGAGAUGGCGUGGGUUAUGGACAUCUUGGGAGACGCAUCGACGCCUUUGUAUACUAGAAAUGCAUACAAGGCAUCUCACUAUUCUGAUGGCUUUACGGUCGGAUUGGACUUUCUAAAUAAUGUAGAUUCUGUG